CUUUAGACGAGUUUCGCGAUUGCCAACUUUUUGUUUAUUUUGCUUCGCAAGCAUUUUCUGAUAAGAAUUUUUGCACUACAUGGAGAAUCCGAGGGCGAUUUUGCUCUUCAGCGGGAAGAGAAAGAGUGGGAAGGACUUUCUCACUGAACACCUGCUCAAAAUUUUGGGCACUGAUAAGUGCGAAAUUGCCAGGAUUUCCGAACCCAUAAAGGCUUUCUGGGCCAAAGAGCAGAAUCUCAGCUUGACUGAACUUCUCAGCGAUGGUCCGUACAAGGAGUUGCACAGGAAAAAGAUGAUAGAAUGGAGUGAAGAUCAGAGGUCAAAAGAUUAUGGGAUUUUUUGCAGAAAAGCAAUGGAAAAAGUCCAGAAACCCAUUUGUAUUGUCAGCGACAUCCGGAGGAAAACUGAUCUGCGCUGGUUCUCGGAAAAUCACGCAGGAAAGAUUCAGAGGAUCAAAGUUUCGUGUUCAGACGCCACGAGAUCCAAGCGAGGCUGGAUUUUCCAGCCUGGAGUGGAUGACGCGGAAUCCGAGUGCAAUCUGGACGACGUGGAGGAGUGGGACAUCGUCAUAGACAACGAUCAGGAGGGCAAGAGUCCUGAGGACCUAUUGAAACCAUGCCUGAAUCUGGUUGCCGAUAUUUGA